AUGGCUUCAGGACCAGGAGAAGAACCUCUACCAGUCCUGCAAUACCAGACAUGGGUUCUGAAAGUUUCCAUCCACUGCCAAGGUUGCAAAAGGAAAGUCAAGAAAGUUCUUCAAGCCAUUGAAGGUGUUUAUACAAUAAAUAUCGAUGCAAAGCAGCGAAAAGUUAUAGUUACUGGAAAUAUUGAUGCACAAACCCUGAUCAAAAAGCUGGUGAGAAAUGGAAAACACGCAGAGUUGUGGCCCGAAAAACCCGCUGGAAAAAAGAAAAAGUCAGGAAAAUCAGACAAAGAAAAUGAGCCAAAAAGCAGCGAAAACAGCGAUGAAGAAGAGGAAGAAAAUCCAGUCCAGAACAAUCCUGAAGUGAAAAUAAGUAAUUCUUCUCCUAGAGUUAAUGGUGGAAAUGGAGGCCCAACUGUGAAAUUCAUCGGAGUUGAUACUGUUCUUGAGUCAAAGUCACCGGGAAAUGUCGUCGGCGGGGAUAAUUUCUCAGCAGUGGAGCAAAAGAGUCAUCCUAGUGGAGGAGCAGGCGGUGGAGGUGGAGGUGGUGGUGGUGGUAAAAAGAAGAAGAAGAAAAAGAAGAAAGGGCAUAAAGGGAAUAACAGUAACAAUGCAGGUUCAGGUGCACCACCGCCUAAUCGUGCACCAUCAGGCAUCGGAUUGGAGAUUCCAAGCACGGGUCCCACUCAAGUUGUUGAUCAAACUAAUCUGAGCUCUUCACUUCAGAAUGUGAUGCACUACCCACCAAGUAAUGGACCCCAACAGGCAUAUGUGAUGAGUUACAAUACGACGCACCCAACCGCAAGCGCGAGUACUCCAAGUUAUUACAUGCCUGCAUCCUCACCGUACAUGCAUGCACACGCACAGUCGGAGGUUUAUCAAGCGAUGUCUACACCGUUGGAUUCUUUUGAAAUUUUGAGUGAUGAGAACCCUAAUGGAUGCUACAUCAUGUGA